AUGCCCGCCCAACGACGGUUCAUUCCCACUCACCCACUCACCCCUCCUUUACUUCAUCCCCACCCCGACCAUCUCCUUUUAACCGUUGUGACCCGUCCAUGUCGGAUCGGAUCAUUCUGCAGCUCGGAGUGUGAGACCUGGUCGCGUCUCGGACGCGGCGAAAGUGAGGCCCGUCGAUUGGUGGGGACCUCACGGCGAUCGCUCAUUGGCCGAGCCUUGGAUGCCCGACAGGACGCAAGACCGCAUUGA